UAUCCAAUAAAACAAUUCUAAUCUGUUACAUAAUGCAUUAAAUUACACGAAGAGCAAUAACAAUAAAUAUAUGUGCGCAUGUCAAUUUAAAAAAGAUUCUUAUCAGAUCAAUCUCUUUUGACUGACUCAAGAUAUUUUCCCACUAGCUUAUUUCAAGGCUUAACUGCAACAUACUGUAGAGGUAAUUCAAUAAAUUUUUCCCACUUAGGUUAUGUUCUACGUAUUUAUUUACAAUAUUUUGACAAAUAUUAUUGCAGUCAACGCUUUAUGGAGCAACGGAUUUAGGGGCAAUCACAGUCUGUCGACGGUCGUGCAAUUCGAAAACAUGAAGGUCCAAGUUUUACCCGCUUUAACUGACAACUACAUGUACCUUAUCAUUGACGAGAACACGAAGCAAGCCGCAAUUGUAGACCCGGUGGCGCCUGAUACUGUUUUAAAAGCUGUUAAAGAUGCUGGAGUGAAUCUUACCAAAGUCUUAACCACCCAUCAUCACUGGGAUCAUGCUGGUGGUAAUGAGGAAUUGGUUAAGAAAUCUGACAAGGCACUGCAAGUGUUUGGUGGUGAUGAUAGAAUUGGUGCACUGACCAAUAAAGUCAAGCAUGGUGAUAAAUUUACAAUUGGUGAUAUUAAUGUGGAGUGUUUGUACACCCCCUGCCAUACAACUGGGCACAUUUGUUAUUAUGUUACUCAUUCAAAUGAAACACCAGCUGUAUUCACUGGUGAUACAUUGUUCAUUGGUGGGUGCGGCAGAUUUUUCGAGGGAACGGCUGAACAAAUGUACUCGGCGUUGAUAGAAAAACUGGGAAAUUUGCCCGGAAACACGCACGUUUUCUGCGGACACGAGUACACGUUGCAAAAUUUAAAAUACGGCCAACACGUCGAAGGCAACAACGAGAAUAUCAUCAAGAAAAUUGAGUGGGCGAAACAGAAACGUGCCGAGGGCGUCCCGACUGUUCCGUCGACCAUUGACGAAGAGAAACAGAUAAAUCCGUUUAUGAGAGUUAGCGUGACGAGCGUUCAGAAGCACGCGAACUGCGGGGAUCCGAUUUCAACGAUGCAAGCCAUUCGCAAAGAAAAGGACAAUUUUAAGUCCAAUUGAAUUCCUAUUUUAUAACAGAUCUUUUUUUUACUAUAUGUUAUUAAUUCAAAGUGUCUAUUUUUUAAUUUGAUAAUUUACAAGGUCUCGGUGAUAUUUUAACUGUUAAAUAAAACCAUCAUAAAAUUAA